CCACUGAACAUUACUGACAUACGGCUUGUCAACGGUAUAGGUCUUACCGAUGGUAUUGUCGAGCUCAAGGUCAAUGCUACUUGGGGACAGAUCUGUCGUAAUAGCUUUCAAUACAACGACGCAAAAGUGAUAUGCAAGAUGCUUGGAUUUAACUACUGGACGUACUAUUCUUCGAAUCGUUUAAGAAGCACUUCAAACCUUUAUCAUUUAGACAAACUUGAUUGUAUAGGAACGGAGGAUCACAUAAACGAAUGUUUAUACGAUGUUCGUCAAACGUGUUCGAGUACCUAUCCAAUCGACGUUGAGUGUAAAUAUCCUUAUAAUAUAACAGAAGUUAGACUUGUCGGAGGAACAAGUCCAUAUGACGGUCGUGUCGAAGUUAAAAUUGCUGAUGGCUGGGGAACUGUUUGCAGUAGAUUUAUCGGACGAUAUGAUGCCGACACUUUAUGUAAAUCAAUGGAUUUGAAAUUUACACACUUCUUUCCAAAUUCUUCUGUUUACGGACAAGGAACAGGUGAUAUAUACAUCGGUGUUAUAGGGUGCUCUGCUGCAAACACUCAUAUAAAUCAGUGUAGUUUUCUACCCCCAGAACGAUACUUUUGCUCUCACAGUUAUGAUAUUUCAUUAGUGUGUACACCUUGUGGUAAAGUGACAAUACAAUUUAGCUCUUUUGAUUCUUUUAAUGGUACUGUACUGACUGCAAAGUGUGACUUUGGCUAUCAACCAGAAACAAUAACAUUUGAUUGUCUUGAGAAUGGGACUUGGCUGCAAAAUGACAAAUGUUCAUCAAAAUAUUCCUAUCCGUUAGAAAUCAGUGAUAUGAAGCUUGUAAACAGAUAUGGUCAUCACGAAGGCCGUGUAGAGAUACAGGUUGAUGGUAUUUGGGGAACUAUAUGUAGCAACAAUUUUACUAUAGCAGAGGCGACCGUCAUUUGUCAAAUGAUUGGUUUAGAGUAUGUUCCAUAUCAUAUUUUAUCCUUAGAUUAACUUAAUUUACAAAAUGUAGUAUUUUAUUUCAAUAUGACUUUGAGUGCAUUAUUGAAAUAUAAAUAGAAAUUAUAUUUGAUAACUUUACAGUGACAACCAUCAAAAUAUAGUUUAUAUUAGCCUUACAAGAGACUGCUGUUAAAGCCCUCCCUUGUGGUACCUCAUAAUAAUGUUUUUGUAAAUAAAUGCAAUUUUUUAGACAUGUUUGCAAAAUAACUAUGAUAUUGAUCAAUAAUGAAAGUCAAAAACAUAAUUAUAUGAUAAAAGUAACAGUAUACUCGUGUUUAUUCAUUUGGUGCUUCAAUAGGGAUAUUGACUCUUAAUUGCAUUUUGGGUUUUUCUUGUCAAAACAGCUCCUGAAGCCAAAUUGGUAAUAUUUAUGUAACCAACGAGCAUUGGAUAUAACCCAUACUCGGUUGACUGUCAGAGAUAGUUUAAUUACUUAGCGUAACGUG